AGAAACAUUAUACGAACUUUUCGUCCUCUGUAACAGAUUCCUGUCGAUUAACAGUGUGAUAUAUUCGGACCUAAACGGGUUGCAGGUCCAAACUGUGGAUUAAACGUCAAUCAAACGCGAGUUAUGAAUGUGAUCGUGCAUUUCGUCUUUCAGGUGAUCGUAUAUCAGCUUGUAACAUGUCAAGGAGGUGGUGGACCAAGCACUUUCGGAUACGAUGCGUCCUCGGCUUGUACUAAACCGUAUUCUCGGGCUGGUCGUGCCCGAUUGUCGAAUCUUCCUUGUGAUUUUCAACGGCAAAACUGGUGCACAAUAGCUGGCAGCUCUUAUCCUUGGCAUGCAGUUCGUCGUUUUGUACAAGAGAAUCAAGGAUUAAUGAGGCGCAUGUAUGGUGACGAAAGACAUAUUAACGUAUUAAGAGCAGAAUUUGAGAGAAAUGAUAUAGAAUUAAAAUACGAUGAUUAUUAUCAUCAUUUUUCAGAUGAUCAUAGAAAAUACCAGUACAGUCACGAUUACGAAUAUUUCGAGGCGGAUGAUGAUUUAAAAUUGAACAACGAAUUCAGGGACGAGGGACGAGGUUUUACGAGUAGAUCGUUCAACGAUAACGUUGCAAAACGAUUAAACAAAUUUCCAAAAUUAAGCGAAUACACAAGACCUCAUUUUCGACCAACGGAGAGAACCUCGACUAUUUCGACUUCAACGACGACAACUACUACUUCGCCACCGACAACUACCAUUUCGUCUACCAAGGAAAAUUCAUCGACAAUGAUUAUAUCCUCCACGAUUGUUUCGACCACUGUUCGUGAAUCAACUACGAGAAAUACUCCUUCGAUGACAAGUUUGGUAAAUAGCACGAACGAGGAAAAGAAAAACUCGUCAGACGAGGUAACGACAUCGCCUACAGUCACAAGUUCUUAUACAGUGAAAGAGCAAAAUUUCAGUAUCAAUGAAAUUUCCGAGCAAAUAGACAGAAUAGACGAGGUCGUUGAAGAAGCUGGCGAGGUCGUAGAGGUUUCUGAAUCCAACAUAGAGGAAACGACGACUAUGAAUUUUCCCGGUACUACCGAAUUACCGGAUGAACUCGAUGGUAGCGAAGAUUUAUUCGCGACGCCGAAAGAGACGACCGUUCAAGAGGAGGAGACAUCCAACUCGAACGAGCAACAAGAGUUCAGGCCACGACCAGAAUAUCGACCGAAUAAGCCGGAAGUUUCGACUAUGGAAGGCCAGCUGUAUCAGGAUGUCGCGGCGAAAGAUCAACAGGAACAACCGGUUCUUAAGCUUCGAGGAGUGAAUGCUUGUCCUGUAAAGGAGGAAGUGGUUGCACCAUUUUGGGCGAACAAUACACGAGGAGAAGUAUUGGCACUUUUGAAUCUUUAUCCCUUCGAGCAAUACGUUCAUUGGGAGAAAUGCACACACGAGAACAAGCAGAUGUACUGUCGAGAUGGAUGCAGAUGCGAGCAACAAUAUCGACUUCAUCGAUUAUUAGCUUAUGACCCGAACAACGAAUGCCGUGGUAUUUUCAGCGACUGGUUUAAAUUUCCAAGUUGCUGCGUUUGCCGUUGUUACGAUUUGCCUCUUGAAUUUCGCGUAACAUCACGCUCUCCUCGCACUCAGAAGCAACGAAUUAAAGUACAAUCACCUCGAUACACAUAAAGAAACUAAUUUUUUGGUCGAUAGAAAUUUCUCUUAAUUUCAUACACACUAUCGUGAAAAACGUAAAUGUUUUGUUUUUAUAAUUCAUUAUUUGGAUUAAUGGAUAUAAUAAAAUGAAUCUUAAAUGUAAUUUAAGAACGGAGAAAAAUUAUUAUAUUAAUUUAUGAAUUUUUAAAAUUUAUUGAAAAACUGAAUGAAUGGCUCCAGCCUAGUCAAGAAAUUUAGUCUUCGUUAUUGUUAUUUAUAACAAGGAAGAAAUUCUGUUUGAUAGAAUCCAUUUGCCAUAGCCAUUUGUAGCGUUAUAUUUUGUAAAUAUAAAUAAUAAGAUGAAAAAAAUAAUUCAUGAAAAGAAGUAUAUAUUGUUUUUUAGUAAACUGGUGCCUCGAUUGUUAUAAAUGUCAAUUUAUAUUAUCAUUUAUUUGAUAGAUAUUAAGUUGUUAUAUAUUUGUAUAGAUAUUUACACGUACAAGUCAAAAGUUGACUUAAACAAUCAUAAUCGACAAACGUGUAAAAUCAGAAAAUAUUAUUGUUAAUAUUAUUUAAUGAACAUUUUUAUAAAUUAAAAAUUUUAAAGAAAUAUAAUAUUUAUAUUUUGAUUCUGUCUUCAAUUUUUUUCUUUACAGAAUAAUCUGAUUGUCACGUUUUUCUUUACAGAAUAAUAUUAAUUUUCAUAUUUUAAGACUUGCGUAUGUAAUGCUUGUUAAAUAUUUUUUUACAAAUAAUCACAAAUGAAUAAGGCUCGUGAACGAAACUAUAUUAUAAGCCAUAUCUUUGUUGCAUUUAUUCAAUAUGAUUUUAUUAUUUACAUUUGUAACAUGUAACGUAAAUCUCGGUAAUGGAACAUUAUUUAUAUAUUUUGUAACACUAAAC